AUGCGCACUGAAGCGCGCACUGACGCCGCACUGCAGAACAACCUGAAGGAGCAGCUCGCGUGGGCCGAGCAGGCGCCCAAGAACGUACUGCAACAAUGUCUCAAUUCCCACGUCAUUGGCGCGUAUCUGGACAGUCGAGCAGCUCACAAACAGCCCCCCGACGACCAAGUUGCUGAUAAGGAAAAUUGGCUGGCAACGAUUCAACGAGGACGUGAUGCACUGCAGACGUUCCAAGCUCUACGGGCGAGAUCGAAGGCAUCGACGAAGCUCACGGUGGUUCCGACGCCACGGAUCGCCCUCGGGACGAUUCCUGUUAUAAAUGCUGGCCAUGUUCUAAAAUCUGGGGGCAAACGGACGAGUCAUAAUGCUGGGUCUUUUAGCACAGAUCGUGGUAAGCUUGAAGCAGGUGAUGGCUUCCAGCCUGCUUCUGCUGCUGUAGUGAAUUCUGUUGUGGAUCUCACGCAACCGAUGGCAACAGCGCCGUCGGUCGCUACAGCCGGUCAAGCAAAGGCAAGAUAUUGUGAAAGUGGACGUGAGAGACGUGGAGACAGCGCUGGGGUGCAGCAGAUAUCGUACACAGCGAUAGAUGAUGACGACGUGGAUCGUUUAUUUGAGGAUGUGGACGUGGACGUGCUGGUUGCAAAUCACCAGCGCGCACAAGAACGAACUCAUCGAGUUGUUUCAGUAACAUCAGAUGAGAACUUGACGCCACCUUGUUCUGCUAUGCCGGCCGCUGUGUCUCAGGAGUCUGCUACUGCUGCAGUGGCUGACGACCUGCAUGAGUCGAUCAAACGAACGCGCGAGUGUCUUCGCAAAGCUCGCGAGGAAUGCGACGACGCUUCUCUGGAAGGAGACGUGCCAGAUUAUAUGCAGCAACGUCGUGUAGAGCUGGAACGAAAGUUGGAGCAAUUGAGCAAGCGGUACCGAGAGUGCAAAGGUGCGGCAAAAGCGUCGACAUACAGUCAAAGUGUGUCUUCGGCGCAAACUUUGCCUCUGAGUGUGCCGAUUUCGCAUACGUACGACAGUGGAGCUGACGCAUUACGCAAAACUCCAACGUGCUCAUGUGGCAUGUCGACUGUGGAAGCCCGGGUGCAGCACGGAUCGAAUACUAACCGGUUGUAUUACCGUUGCAGUACGUGUGGAUUCAACUCUUGGGCGGACGGUGAAUCCGGAAAUAACAAAGAGCGUUAUGGUGAUGGGGAGACGCGGACUUGCCCUGUCGUAGCAGAGCAGCCUUGUGUUUCCAGCGAUCCAGUUGUGACCUCCAACAUGCAGCGGGCUAAGCGAGUGCUCCGCGACAUUUUUGGCCACAACGCGUUUCGACCUGCUCAGGAACGGACAGUUAUGGAGGCGUUCAGCGGCCGAGAUGUGUUUGUUCUAAUGCCAACAGGAGGUGGCAAAAGUCUUUGCUUCCAAUUGCCUGCUUGCAUCAAUGACGGCGUUACCAUCGUCGUGUCUCCUUUGGUAUCGCUGAUUCAAGACCAAGUUCAACAAUUGGAGGCUCUAGAUGUAGGUGUGGCAAAUUUGAAUGGUGACCAAGACUACGACAGUGUGCAACGACCAAUUAUCUCGCAGCUUUUUUCGAGUCGCAUUACGAUCAAGAUGCUGUAUGUUACUCCUGAGAAAAUUGCUUCGAGCAACAUGCUCAACAACUUGUUUGAGUCGCUUGAGAAACGUGGCCUCUUGGCCCGGUUUGUGAUUGACGAGGCACACUGCAUUAGUCAGUGGGGUCACGAUUUUCGGAAGGACUAUAUGAAUUUAGGAACGUUACGAUCCAAGUUUCCGUCGGUACCUAUCAUGGCGUUGACAGCUACAGCAAACACACAAACUGAGGCAGAUAUCGUCAAGAAUUUGAAGCUGAGAAAUCCGUUCGUCACUCGUUCAAGUUUUAAUCGACCAAAUUUGACAUAUGACGUACGCAAGAAGACUCCCAAGUUCAUGAGUGAGAUUGCCGAUUACGUUCGGAAACAUAUCGACGAUUCUGGAAUUAUCUAUUGUCUAUCGAAAAAGGAUUGCGAACAGACAGCAGAGAAGCUGAUAAAAGCCUUGGGGUUUGAGAACACGCGAAAAGCCAGCCAGAUCUCGUUUUACCAUGCAGGACUGGAACCAGACGAUCGUGCGUUUCGCCAUCACGAAUGGAGCAAAGGCAAAAUCAAGCUUAUUUGUGCUACGAUAGCUUUUGGAAUGGGGAUCAAUAAACCAGAUGUGCGCUACGUUAUUCACCACACAAUCCCUCAGUCCGUAACGCACUACUACCAGGAAGCUGGACGAGCAGGGAGAGACGGCGAAAAGGCAAAUUGUAUUCUCUACUACUCCUUUUUGGAUUUGACUCGACGACGCAAGCUAAUCACAAAGGAUCGCGAAAACAUGCAACAUCGAAAUGUGCAUCUGCAGAACCUUCGCCGUAUGACAGAAUUUUGCGAGAACCAAGUUGAAUGCCGACGGACAUCUCUUCUCGAAUAUUUUGGCGAACAUUUUUCGAGCGAGCAAUGUCAUGGCACUUGCGAUAAUUGCAAAAACAAGGCUUUGGGAAUGACGUUUGAGAAGUCUGACGUAACUGAGGACUGCAUUCUGCUGGCCGAGAUGAUCAAAACCCUCCAGGAAACUCGAGAUCCCGCGACACUAGUGCAAGUCGCUCAAAUAUUUCUUGGCCUGGUAGUAAAGGGUAGAGAGUGGAAGCAAGACCAGUUCUCACAGCUCAGAGGGUUUGGUAAAGGCAAGGGACGCUACUCUCGUAGUGAGGUGGAGCGGAUAUUAUACCACAUGAUACUGCGGCAAUACUUGCGUGAAGUGGAUCAAACUAACGCAAAAGGCUUUACGACAACCUUCGUAUCUCUUGGAAUCAACGCAAAUCGACUUCAUCGUGGUGAACGAGUUCGCAUUGUAUGCAAGACAAAGUAUCAGUCGCAUGCUUCUGUCGGAGACGGUACUCUACAGAGUAAGGUCUCCAAGAAAAAGGAGCCAAAGAAAACUGCUUCGAAAAAAGCAAACGCAACCGAUAAAACGUGGAAGGCGAUUACUAAGAAGAGAAAAGCGAGUGCGAAGGACGCUGUUGAAGAGCUUAGCGAUGACUAUGAUGAUGAUGUGGUGACGGUCGUUGCGCCAACGUCGACUACGACACAGUAUUCUCUUAUUCCAGAGAGCACGUCUUCAAGAAGAAUCCCCGAAAAGCACGUUGAAACACUUGCCCAGAUGCUCAAGGAUUGGCGUGCAAGCGUGUGCGAUAGCGAGAACGUCAUGCCGUACCAUAUUCUCACAACCGCAGGCAUUGGUGCAAUCGCGAAUUCAGUUCCCUUGUCGAAUGCGGAGCUUCUGAAAAUUGACGGUGUCGGACGCAUUCGCGUGAAAAAGUAUGGUGAAGCAAUCAUCGGCAUCGUCAAGCACCAUCUCGAAAAGCACAACCUGGUACCAACUCCUGCGCCAUCUUCGUGUUCAAGCAGCGUGCUGGACAGCCUUGACGCAAUGGACUCCGAAGUCGAAAUUGUUGAAGCGCCUCCGGUCUCCAAGUCGUCCCCAUUUUUCCAGGGAAGGAGGAAUGGCACGACGACGACGACGACGGUGCCAUCUACUCGACCCAAUACAGGUGCAAAUACUGCCGUGAUUGAUGGCGGCGAUGGUCUCAACGAUAUUGAUUGGGACGCGUGGGAUUCGGACGUGUUGAGUCACACGAGUUCCGAUGCCACGACUGCUGGUCGCAAACGGUCGAUCGGCGUCUCCGGAGCGACUCAGACUGCAAAGAAGCGAUAUACAUGA